UUCGGUCGCCAAACAUGCGCCUGCUACCUCUGAUCCUGCUGCUCUGUCUGGCGGUCUUCGCCGUCGAAGGCAGAGGCAAAAAGGGCUUUUGCGGCAAGGGUGGCCUCUGGUGCCCCAAGGGCCAAGUCUGCAGACCCUGUGGCAGGGGAAGAUGCUGCCGGCCCGUAAACCUUGCCUGCGGCAAGCCGGGAGGCUUCUGGUGCCGUAAGGGCUACUCCUGCCAGUACUGCAAAGGCGGCAGAUGCUGCAAGCCCAUUGCCUGCGGCAAGCCGGGAGGCUUCUGGUGCCGUAAGGGCUACUCCUGUCAGCGUUGUGGACGCGGCAGGUGCUGCAAGCCCAUUGCCUGCGGCAAGCCGGGAGGCUUCUGGUGCCGUAAGGGCUACUCCUGUCAGCGUUGUGGACGCGGCAGGUGCUGCAAGCCCAUUGCCUGCGGUAAGCCGGGAGGCUUCUGGUGCCGUAAGGGCUACUCCUGUCAGCGUUGUGGACGCGGCAGGUGCUGCAAGCCCCUUGCCUGCGGUAAGCCGGGAGGCGUCUGGUGCCGUAAGGGCUACUCCUGUCAGUCUUGUGGACACGGCAGGUGCUGCAGACCGAUCAAUACUUGCAGAUAUGUCAACCAGAGUUGCGGUAAAGGUCGCCGGUGCCUCCCCUGCGGACCGUUCAAACGUCUCUGCUGCCAGCGCAGGGUCUCGCUGUACGAAUGCCAACGGCGUUGCCGGAAGCCCAACCACUGCGUCAAGUGCAAGAUUGGCUACUGCUGCCGCAAGGCCUGCUAUGGCAAACACUGCAAGCACUAACUGUUACUGGCACCAACUGCAACAGACUUCAACAACAGAACAGCUCGACAGAUAUGGCGCUAAAGCAACGACACAUUCAAGAAUAUGCGUUUUGGUCUCAUUUGUUCAAAAAAUGCGCUAUAGUUGCUUCUGAAUAAACCUAUUAU